AUUCAUCAGUUGUUGACAGGACAGUUAUCUACAGGAGAGCAAAUUCAGAAUGUCAUUCGGAAUUACAAAAAGGACUCCGUCGACAGGAAGACUAAGCCAGCCUACUACAGAGAACGUUUAUUAAGGUUAGAAUCCCUGUGGGAUGAAUUUAACUCCGGAGAUAAUCAAAAAAAUAACCUCCUUAAAGGAUUCAGAGAACAAACGGUGUUGCUUGAUAGUUUAGAGCGCAUCAUGAAU